AUGACGUUGUGUGCUUAUCCUCCGGUGGAACCAGAAUGCGACCAGGAUGACUCUCCGAUUGUGGAAGAAGUGAUCGGAAAACUGGAAGAUGUUGCACCUGGAACGUAAGUAUUCUGCGUGAACCUUAGAAACCGAACCAUGAUGUUUCAGCAAGAAGAUCUUCGAGGUCCGUGAUCGGAAGGUUCUAGUGAUCAACGACGACGGAAAGCUUCUCGCCAUCAACGGCCUCUGCUCCCAUUACAAUUUCCCAUUGGAGAGCGGAGUCUACGCGAAGGGAAGAAUCAGAUGCCCUCUGCACGGAGCCUGCUUCAACGUGCGAACGGGAGACAUCGAAGACUAUCCAGGAUUCGACAGUGUCCACUCCUACCCGGUCAGUGAUUCCCUUCUCCACCUUCAAGUUGAUCUUUCCAGGUUUACGAGAAAGAAGGCAACAUUUACAUCAAGACGACAAAGAAAAAGUUGGGCUCCGACCGGCGAGUCCGUCAUCUUCCGACUCUGAAAAAGUGCGAGGACCGUCCGGUCGUGAUCAUCGGGGGCGGAGUGGCUGCUGCUACGUUCAUCGAGCACUCCAGACUGAAUGGAUUGGUCACUCCCAUUCUAGUCAUCUCCGAGGAAUCGUUCCCUCCCUACGACAGAGUGCUCCUUUCGAAGAAUCCUGCGGCUACCGGCGAAGAUAUUCGUUUGCGAAAGGACGACGCAUUCUAUGAGGAGAGAAAUGUGACGUUCCUUUUGAAGACUUCGGUGACUGGGGUGAAACCGAACAGAAGAGAAGUUAGUCUGUCGAACGGGGAAACGAUUGUGUAUUCGAAGUUGAUCAUUGCCACCGGAGGGAAUGUCAGGAAAUUGCAAGUCCCUGGAGCCGAUCUCAAGGUUAGUACUUCUUGUGCUUACAGAAAACCACGGAUGUCUUCAGAACAUAUUUUACGUGCGUAAAGUGGAAGAAGCCAACGCGGUGGCUAACGCGCACGCCGGAAAGCACGUCGUCUGCGUCGGUUCCUCGUUCAUCGGAAUGGAAAUUGCGUCUUCCCUGGCCGCGAAUGCCGCUUCCGUCACCGUCAUUUCCAACUCGGCCGAGCCUCUUCCGGUGUUCGGAGCCGACAUCGGAAAGGGAAUCCGUCUGAAGUUCGAGGAGAAGGGCGUCAAGUUCGAGCUGGCCACAAGUGUAGUGGCUCUACGUGGCAAUUCGGAGGGAGAUGUAGAAAAAGUGAUACUUGCGAAUGGAAAUGAAUUGGAUGUGGACGUUUUGAUUUGUGGAAUCGGAGUCGUUCCGGCCACGGAAUUCUUGAAAGACUCUGGAGUUGCUUUGGACGAACGAGGAUUCAUUGAAGUCGAUGAGAAGUUCAGAACGAACAUCACCUACAUCUUCGCAAUCGGAGACGUCGUCACAGCCCCUCUUCCACUUUGGGGCAUCGAGAGCAUCAACAUUCAGCACUUCCAGACUGCUCAGACUCACGGUUAGCCUUUUCCACUGCUCCGAAGACUACAAGAAUAGUAUUCAGGUCAAUAUCUCGGCUACACAAUUGUCGGAAAACCACAACCUGGUCCGAUAGUCCCUUACUUCUGGACAGUUUUCUUCUUCGCCUUUGGCCUGAAGUUCUCAGGAUGCAGUCAAGGAUCCACAAAGGAAUACACCAAUGGAGACCCGGAAACUGGAAGUUUCACCAGAUACUUUUUGAAGUAAGAACGUCAAAAUAUAAAUGUGUACAUUGUGUAAUUUCAGGAAAGACAAAGUUAUCGCCGUGGCGUCUGGAGGUCCGACCUCCGCUCCAGUCCAAUUCGCGGAAAUCUUCAAGAAGGGAAUCGAAGUUACUUUGAAAGACCUGAAGAAGUGAGUUGAUCCGAAUAAAAGCUUUCCAGUCUGUGCCUAUUUUCAGCAGCAAAGAUCAUCAAUGGUCUCAUCUCCUUCAAUAG